AUGGCAAACCACCACCAUACCACAAUCCUUCAAAGUUUUCCAUUUUUCGUCCAAAUCAGAAUAAUCAUGUUGAUAGCUAAACACUCGGUGGAAUCAUUCCAAAACGUCCUCACCGCAUUCUCGAGUUUAGGCCUAGCUGCAAAGACCCCAGACGUCCCAAAGAAACUAAACUUUCAUGAGCUGACCGUCAAAUCAUUAACAAAGAUACAUAUGUAUCAAAACCUACUGAGCCUCUCUCUUUCUGCAGGCAACUUGGAGGCCCUUUACUUACGUGGCAUGGAAGAAUAUUUUAAAAAUGAAAACAUUUUUCAGGGUUUGGAAUAUCUCCAUCUCGCAGCUCAGGGUUUUUAUGACAAUGCUAUUUACCUUUACGGUAUAAUAAUGUUAUCUAGGGGGCAAUCCAGCAAUCGGCAUCCCAAUGUUAGAUUCACUAAAUUGGAGAGCCAACAAAGCAAGAUCAGGUGGUUGUUGGCAAAACAUCAAGACUUCUAUUCAUGGAGUAAAAGUCAAAAGAUUUGA